AUGAUUUCCAUACAUCUCAUGAAGAUUAUCAUUUCCUUCAUCCUGAUUGCUUUCGCACCUGCGGCUGUUAUUGGUUCCUCUGGCCCUCAAGAAAGUUCCAAGAGUGUUUCUAUCUUCUCUGCUGGCAUCUCGACAAUCCUCGUUUUCGAGACACAUAGCGGCUUCUUCAAAGAUAAAUGUGCACAACUUGCUACGUACACGACACCCACCCAAAUUGCAGGUUCAACAUACACUGGAAUCUUCGCUGGAUGUUGUUUCUUGCUCUUGGAUGAAGCAGGCUCCUGCCAAGACAAUCCCUCAUGUCGUCCGGCAUAUGUUACAAAGACAGUAUCCUAUUACCUUAAAAAUGAUGGACCGGAAGCACCCUCAAAAACAGAUCCCCCACCCAUUAUUGGAAAUCCGACGGAGACUUCGGCUCCUAGUUCGAGUGCGGGUAAUGGAAUGAUGCCUGCGAAUUUGAUGCUGAUGAUUUUUUUUCUCUGUUGUAGGAGUUCUGAAUGGAAUGGGGCUUUUAUUUUGUGGUUAGACAAGAGUAUUGAGAAUGGGGAAUCAAUAUUAGACCGGAGAGUGCUAGGAUGUUGCGUCGAUAGGAGGAUUGCAGAAGUAUAA